UUACACAUGAACGCGUAUACUUGCAUACUAAAUAGAACGUGAAAAUAGAACUCGCGCUAAAUAUUACGUUAAAAUACCAUAGUUUACUGUGUUUAAGUAGACACGUUUGAUCACAUACGAUAGAAGAAGUGUUUUAUGUCGCCUUUUGCCUUAAUGCUUAUGUAAAAAAGGUAAACUAGAGGAUGUGUUUCGUAAUAACGUAGACUGAAUGAAAUUCCAAGCAAAACCACAGACAAGCAGCACGAGCCCAGAUGUAGACUUUAGCUAGUUGGCUUUAGCUCAUCAUUUUUCAUUUAAUCCUUGAUAAAAAUUUGUCUUUUUUUUCUUUUUGUGAGUCGUCGUUUGUGUUAUUCGUUAUACGUGGCUCUGGGCUUUUGUACGUGCUCGUUUCAGCAGCCACUUUAUGACCGUUAAAACGCACAAUGGAGUUUUAUCAUCGUUAGCCGCUUGCUAACUGAGAGGCGAAGAGAAGAUAUCCAGUCUGCUUGCACCUGUCUCCUGCGAAAAGUUGGCGUUAUCAGUUACCAACCUGCCCCCAGCUCAGAGGACAGGGAUCCGUGAUCGAACAUGACUGUCGUAAGGCAGAGGAAAAGCAGUAAAGUGAAAGAAGUGGGUCUGGAACCUCAGAGUCAGCGCUGUGAGCAUGCAGCUGGCAACUUCGCUAAAACUACUUUUGGCACCUCAUGGUGGACGGUGUUGUGUAUUAUCAUCGGUUCUAUAGUAGGAGUAAGUCUGGGCCUGCUGUGUUGCAUCUAUGUGGCUACACUUCAUGAAAAUGACCUGUGGUUCUCCAAUAUAAAGGAAGUGGAGCGUGAAAUCUCCUUUCGGACAGAAUGUGGCCUCUACUACUCCUACUACAAACAGAUGCUCAGCGCCUCGUCUAUACAGGAAGGUCUGUCUCAGCUCAUAAAUGACAACACCACAGAGUCUAUGAGGACUAUUAAUAUUCUACAGCGUAUGAACAUCUAUCAGGAGGUGUUGCUGAGUAUACUCUACAGGAUUCUACCCAUUCAGUCCUAUCUUGAGCCAGUGUACUUCUACAUCUACACUGUGUUUGCUCUACAAGCAGUGUAUGUAUUCGCUCUGUUCCUCACCAGUUGGAUGCUCAGUGAUUGCUGGCUGGCUGGGACGCUUGCUGGAGUCUGGUACAUCCUCAACAGAGUAGACACAACCCGUGUGGAGUUCACCAUCUCUCUGAGAGAGAACUGGUCUCUGCCGUUUUUUGCGCUACAAGUGGCUGCCAUCACGUUCUACCUCCGUCCACGGCUCCAGCUGCAGCACCAGAGGGUGGUGCUGUGGCUGGUGUUUGUCUGCACACUUUGUUUCUGUCUCACGUGGCAGUUUAAUCAGUUCAUCCUGCUGGUUCAGGCCUUUCUCAUCUUCACUCUCGACUCACUGGAUUUCCUCACAGCUGAGCAGGUGACGUCUCUGUACCUGGUCCAAGUCAUGAGUCUGCUGUGUGUGUGGCUGCUGCAGUUCUGUAACACCAUGGUGCUGGGCUCACUGGUGCUCAGCUUUAUUGUGUCUGUGCUCUUCAUCAAACACUUCCAGACAGGACUGAAGACUGGAGGCCUGGUCACGCGUGUAGGAAAGCUGGCUGUUCAUGCAGUCCUGGUGCUCAUGUUAACUCUCAUCAUCAAUUAUUCAACCAAGCGAGUCCUGCAGCUGAGAUCAGACGAGCACAUCUUCAAGUUCAUAAAGGCUAAGUUUGGCUUGGGGGCUACAAGAGAUUUUGAUGCCAGUCUGUAUCUGUGUGAGGAGGCGUUUGGCUCGUUGCCUUUGGACACAUUCGAUCGUUUAGCUGCUACUCUGCUGCUGUACCCUUACCUCUGUACACUCUCAGUACUCAUCAUUGUGUUGGCACUUGCAGCUCUCGCCAGCCUGAGAGAGUCCGGAGCUGGACGAAGGUCUGAAACCCCAGAAGAGACGGCAUUUAACAUGCGUCCAGACGUUGCCUACAACCUCCUCCACACAGUCUUUUUUGGCCUGCUGGCUUUCUCUACCAUGAGGAUGAAGUAUCUGUGGACCGGUCACAUGUGCGCCUUUGCCGCCUUCGGCGUGUGCGGUAAGGAGAUGUGGACGCUUUGCCUGCGAGUGAUCCAUUGCAAUACUGAAGGAAAGCUAAAGUUGAUCAGGUACUCCGUUCCGGUAGUGCUACUGGCAUUCCUUUAUUACAAGUUCUGGCCCAAAAUGACAGAAGAAAUUUCAGAACUGAGAGAAUUUUAUGACCCAGACACUGUGGAGUUGAUGACAUGGAUUAGCUCCAAGACCCCCAAGCGUGCAGUGUUUGCAGGAAGUAUGCAGCUUCUGGCUGGAAUAAAGUUGUGCACUGGCCGGGUGCUGACCAACCACCCACACUACGAGGACCAAGCACUGCGGGAAAGGACCCAGCAGGUGUAUCAGAUCUAUGCACGUCAGUCUGCUGAAGAGGUACACAGACUCCUACGGGCUGCAGGAGCAGACUUCUUAGUGUUGGAGGACAGCAUCUGCUACGAGCGUCGUCACAGCCGUGGCUGCAGGCUGAGAGACCUUCUCGACCUGGCUAAUGGACAUAUCAUGGACGGACCUGGAGAGAAUGACCCUGACCUCGUUCCAGCCUCUCACCCCCGGUUUUGCGAAGCAGUAAAGACUGGUGAUCCGCCGUAUUCCACGCUCUUCACUCGUGUCUUUCACAACAAAACCUUUAACGUCUACAAGCUAAAGAAAUCAAAGAAGAAAGGCAAAAAGGAUGGGGCUGGAUUCAUAGCGCACUGUCAGAGCACGUUUCCACAUGUCCAUGAGCGUACGUAUGCUGCUCUCCCGACCUUCUAACAGUGACUCUUAAGAGGCAGACUUGGUCACGAGUGCAGCACAAGUGCCAUAAAUUCUUACUGUAUUGCCUAACGGCUCUAGCACUGUGAAUAUCAUUGCUUUUUUGUUCCGUUUAAUUAGCAGGUGUAAUUUAGUGCUUGGCACGUUGCCAUGAGCGAUGGCAAACGAACAAUGAAUUAGAAUUUUUUUUUUUUAAUGUACAGUCUAAUGUGUAACUGAAUGAACAAAAGCUGGUAGAUUUAGUAAAAAUAUAUGACAUUAAUUUGUGUGAUAAGGUAAAAUAAAUCAGUCUUUCUAUCUUUGUCAUAUAUAUAUAUAUAGCAUCAACAGCAGAUUCUGUAAGCCCUAUAAGUUCAGAUUGUUAAUUGUCCAGCACGUCCCCAAGAAGCUUGAACGGAUUGAGAUCUAAGGACAUCAACUUUUUCCUCGAACCAUUCCUAAACAAGUUUUGCAGUGUGGAAGAGAGCAUUAUCAUGCUGAAAGUGGCCACUGCCAUCAGGGAAUUCUGUUGCCAUGAAGGGGUGUUACUUGUUCUGUGUUUGGAAUUUAUAUAUUCACGUAAAGCUGCUUUGCAGUAAUGUCACACGAAUGCCAGGAACCAAGAAUUUCCUACCUUGCCUUCUUCUUAUAAUGCAUCUUGGAGCCAGCUCAUCCCCAGGUAAGCGACACACAUGCACCUGACCAUCAACAUAAUGUAAAAGAACAAGCCAUUCAUCAAAACAGGCCACCUUCUGCCAUUGCUUCAUGGUCCAGUAUUGAUACUCACAUGGCUGUUGUAGGCACUUGUGGAGGUGUACAGGGUCCAGCGUGGGCUCUUUGACCAGUCUGAAGCUACGCAGCCCUAUAUGAUGCAAGCUUCCAUCCACUGUGUGUUCUGACAACUUUCCAGCAUUGUAGUUAACAUUAGCAUCAUAGCCAGUUUUAACCUUAUGCUAUGUAGCUCUUUUGAGGGAAUGGACCUCAAAAUGCCUUUGGAUGUGGUUCACCGCUUGGAUAUUUUUUGGUAGAUACUAACCACUGCAUACCAGGUAGACCACACAGGACCUGCUGUUAUGGAGAGGCCCUGACCCAGUCAUCUAGCUAUCACAAUAUGGCUCUUGUCACAGUACUUUUUCCUAUCUUUCCAGUUUCCUACACAACAAGUAAGAGAACUGACUGUUUACCUGCUGAUGUUCUUCAAGGGUGGCAUUGUAAAUAAAUUAAUUCAAUCCAAGCUAGUAAUGUUAAUCUUUUUUGUUCCAUUACACCUUUUAUGAAUUAGACAUUUGCAAACAUUUUUCUAAUCAGCCCAGUACAGCAGCCAAACAACCAUACUCUAAGCACAAUUAAGCGCAAUUUGGUUUUAAUAUAUUUCUUGGGCUGAUUCAGGCCCAGGCUGCUACUGAAGUGUAUCGGUUAUAGAUUGCAGCAUUAUGCUCUAAAUCAAUUAUUUGAUGUUCUUUUUAAGUUGUGUAACAGAAAUCCUCAAAGGCUUUUAGUGGAAUACAUUCAUACAUCGACCUGCUUGGCCAGUUCAUAAAGAUCCUCAGUUCAUGCUGAGUGAAAUCAGCAGGCUGAAAUAAAGCUCUGUUUUUUGGAUAGUCAAAGCUAUAAGAGCCGGGUGUUUUAUUACAGUCCUCAUGGCAUUGAUUAUACGAUGGAACAUUCCAAUUUAACGCUCUGAGGUGCUGAUUUAUUAAAGGUGUGCAUGUGUCAAAAUGUGCAUGCUGAUUUAAUAACAACCUGUUUGCAAGAUUGUUAUUCACAUUAACAAAAUAACGUGUUCGGUUUAUGUUUGCCACAAAAAAUAUGAAGUUUUUUAAACCUGUAAGUGCAAAAUACACGAUGUGUCUGCAAAUCGGAAUUAUUUUACACGCUGUAUGAUUUUUUUUUCUGUCAUCUUCGCUGUGGUAAGCAAAUGAAUAGAGUCAAAGGGCAGCAAUUAUAUUUGUGAAAGGCAAAAUAAAACUAUUCAGGAAGCCUUGAUAUGAGGAAAUGUUCUUAGAGCAUUUCAAAAUAGAAUUCUCAGGAUCAUAACUUAAUUGUACUCCAGUGAGAUUGAACUAGAUAUCUGCCAUUUAUUUGUGAAAAAAAAAGAAACAUCUACUUAAUCAGUAGAAAACAGUGUCAUAUUGAUGUCAUUUUAUUUUGUGUUCACAUUCGAACAGUAUUUUGAAAUGUUUUCGACUCCCUUAUUUAAUGUGAUGCAUAAUUACACACAAUGAUUAAGAAAUAACUAGUCAGAUUUGUCAAAAAAAUUCAUAUCUGGAUUUUAGUUACUCGUAGAAGUGUGCAGCUCUAAUCUAGUUGUAGAGUUGUGCAAAUAAAUAUGCUAUUCAGACUUAAUAUCUUAUACAUGUGAUGAGAAGAAAGAACAGCACAGUUCACUGCAAACACCUUUUGUUUUGUUUUUUUUUGUUUUUUACUUUUGGUGUUUGUGCAAAUUCAAUGUGCCAAUUGAUUGUAUAAUUGCUCCUUUCCCUUUCUGAAUUUAUGCACUGAUUUAGCUAACUUGUUCAACAUGCAUUCUUAUGUUUACCACCUCUUUUAGCCGAUUUGAUUAGGCUGAAAAAGAAAGAGAGAGCGAGAAAGAAAGGACAUUCCACUUUCCGAUGAUGGCAAAGGGACAUUCUGUUUGUUUCGGAUUCUCGGGCAUUGUUCAACGAUGGUGCUAAAUUGCACUAGCCUGAUCAUGUGAUGUUAUGAGUGUAUGAGUAAUUGUACAAGGUCGUCAUUUAAACGGUUCUGUUUACCUUUAAUGUUUUGUAAUAAAAAAAGAUUUGUCCGUUGAA